GCACCGGUCGGUUACGGCGAUCUAUCGCUUGGGUGAAAUCGAUCCUAAAGCGCCGACAAUCGGUAGUUGGUGAUGGGGGGUUUAGGCGAGGAUGCCUUCUCCCUGUCUUCUCUGUCGUCAUCAUCACCGUCGUCGUCGUCACCGUUACGCGCCGUCAUCCCCUACGUCGUGUCGCCGAGCCGUCGUACCGUUCUACGUCGUCCUGUCGUCCCCAGCGAGCGUCGUCGUCGUCGUCGCCGUGGUUCCCGUUGCCUGUUGGCACUGCCGCCAAGCCGCAGCCGGUUACAGGCUAGAAGAAGAAGAAGAAGUAACUCCGUUAGCAGCAAGCAGAAAAGAGUCACCGAUAACACGACAGACUUCCUGCUCUUUGGCGUCGAAUGCACCAGUGAUAGCGACGUCAACGUCAACAUCAACGUUGCCGAGGAGUCCAGCGACCAAGACAGAAGGAGGAAGCAGAAGCACGCAGGAAGCGGGAAACUCAUUCAGCUACCGGUACCGUAUCAGGAGCGCGGAGAAAAAAGGGAACACAGAAGCAAGAGGAAGAGGAGGCGGAGGUGGUGGAGGCGCACGAGGUGACUCGCCGUCGAGAUGCACCAGGUGCCGUACGGAACGGGACGCAGCACCUCCAGCACCGGCAGAAACAAAAGCGAGAGCUUCUUCUGGGUGCAGCAGCAGCAGCAACAGCUUGAGCGCAGUCGUCGAGUGCCGCAACAGCCUAGAUCCCGCGGUCGUGCCCGAGUCCGUGUCCGUGCUUGCGUUCGCGCGCGCGCCUAUACUUGCCGAUCAUCGACAACCGCCGAGUCCGAGACGACGACGACGACGACGACGACGACAACGCGGCAGUCGCGGCAAUUCGACGCCGGGCCCGACCAGGGCCGUAAGUCCCCACACUGUCCGGGCCCGGUACGUACUGCUUACUACGGUGGCACCCCGUCGUCCUUACCGUCCAAUUUGUUGCUAAUAGGGUUGGCACUCUGUUGCCUGACCCUGCCGGCAGUACAGCCACGUCUCAGCGGUCACCAUCAAACGUGUCCAGGCUGCCCGCAUCAGCAACAACAGCAUCAACAGCCGCAGCACCAUCACCAUCAUCAGCACGUGCACCACGAGGAUUCGCCGCGGAGCGGCCUCUUCCGGAUGCCCAGCCCGGACGACCUCAGACUGGAGGCGAUCAAACAUCAGAUCCUGCAAAAGCUUGGCCUGAGGGCUCGCCCGGACGUUAACAGGACGUUGGCCAGCGUGCCCCGGCACCUAGCCCUAGAGACCCUUUACCGGGCGGAGGCACAAAUGUCGCCGCGAUUCCCUGACCGGUCGAGGGUCGACUAUGAAAACGAGUAUUCGAGCGAGUUCCUCUAUGGUGGCGAUGAGUACUCGUACAGGAAUCUCGAUCAGGAGACCACCACCACGGAGGGUAACGCCAGAACUACGGCGAGGAAUUACCAGGAUUAUCAAAAUGUCCAGGAGGAGCUCGACGACUUCUAUGCAAGGACCUCGGAGAUUAUUACUUUCGCCGAGCCCGGGCACACGCUGAACGGUCAGCCGUUGCUAGAAUUCCCGAUGUCGAGUGGUGAACCGGCAUUGGAACCCCUAAGAAUCAAAAGAGCCACCCUAUGGGCGAGAGUGGAGCUCAAGCACGCCCAUCAUUAUCAGCAUCAUCGUCACAGUCAGAUCAACCAGAGGAACAUCACUCUCUGGGUGUUCAGAGUGCACUGCGGUAACAUGACGCAUCUUCGGGGGAAGGAGCUAGGACAACACCUGGAAAUGGUGACAUCCCUCGUGGUAAACAUCGGCCAACUUGGCUGGCAAAAGUUCGACGUCACGAAGAUCGUCAGCAGAUGGUACACGAUGAGCUACUCGAAGGAUAAGCUGACAUUGCUCGUCGACUGCAGCGGGUGCGGCUCGCACGUCCACGUAUCGACCUUUGACGGGCAUUCACCGCAUGUCAUCGAGUCGUCUUUAAAUUCGAAGGGUGAUCACGAUCCGGACAGGCCGUUUUUGGUCGUACGUACGGAUCCAACAGCCGCGAAGCGUGUGAGAAGGCGAGCAGUCGAAUGUAGCGGUUCGCCAAAGGAUCACUGCUGCAAGCAGAGGUUCUACGUGAGCUUCUCUCAGCUGGGGUGGGACGAUUGGAUCAUCGCUCCUCAGGGAUACUACGCCAACUACUGCAGAGGAGACUGCGCGGCCGGUCACAGGACGCCGGAUACUUUUCUCAACUACUACACCCACGUGAUCGAAGAAUACCGGAAGAUGGACCGGCUGGUCGGAAUGCAACCAUGCUGCGCGCCCCUCAAGUUCUCGCCCAUGUCGCUGAUUUACUACGGUCCGGACUCGAACAUCAUCAAGAGGGACCUACCGAAGAUGGUGGUGGAUGAGUGUGGCUGUCCUUAGAGCACCUCCACGGAGGAAAGGGGAGAAUGCCGCCUUGCGAAUAAACGAUCCGUCGUGGGAUUCACGAUGAUGACCGCGACUUCCCGGGCAAAUCGGCUCGGAAAACCGUCCGAAUUUUGCGCGAUCGGCCGAGCGAUUGGUCUCGCGUUCGAAAGCGACGACGUGGCGAUUCUUUGUAAACGGGAAUCGCUCGAGAACGAGGGUAGACCAAUACACGAAAGGUAGCAAUCAGAGAGACUAGGUAAUUUCGCUAGAGAUCACGCGCGUGCUCGCAUCGGCGGCGAUGCGGCCGCAUUCUGAAUGCGAAUCGUGAAUGUGAUUGCGAUUUGCACGCGCGGCGAUAAAAUAGAAUUGGCCUUUCUAUGAUAGAACGGUCGAGUUUCUAGGGUAGAUCUUAUCGGGUGGUAAUCUGUAAAAA